AUCGGUUGCAGGUCGGCGAGGUGGUCUCAACAAUUCCAACUAUUGGAUUUAAUGUGGAGACGGUUCAAUACAAGAACAUUAAGUUCCAAGUCUGGGAUCUAGGUGGACAAACAAGUAUCAGACCGUACUGGCGGUGUUACUACCCCAACACACAGGCCGUCAUAUACGUGGUUGACUCGACAGAUGUGGACAGAAUCGGCACGUCCAAGGAGGAAUUCCAUGCCAUUCUCGAUGAGGAGGAGUUGAAGGAAGCAGUGGUGCUUGUUUAUGCCAACAAACAGGAUCUGCCCGGAGCUAUGAGUGAGGUGCAGGUGUCAGACGCGUUGGGGCUGCAUAAGAUCAAGAGCCGCCCGUGGGCCAUCUACAAGACGUCAGCUGUUAAAGGCGAUGGGCUGUUCGAAGGGCUGGACUGGCUGAGUGAAACACUCAAGUCUAAGGGCCGAUGA